UUUAUUUUGUUGAAUAUGAGUUGAUGUAAAAUGAAAAAUAGCUCAUAAGCAAAUCUAAUGCAGAAAAAUAAAAAGUAUUUCGCAAAAGACGCAUUAGGAAAGUCGUUUCAGCACAAAUUUAAUAAAGAAAAAUUUUGAAAGGCGAAAAAGGUUGAAAUACAAACGUUGGAGCUGUGAAAACAGACGUGUAGAUAUUGAAGCGACAGCUACGCACUUAAAGGCAAAAAGUGAGACUACAAUACACUCAAUUAGUGCUGUGUUUGGUCCUAGUCAUGAACCGCUGUGUCUUACCAGCAUGGGAUCAGUUACCCUUUGUCGUGCUGGGUAAAAUAUACAACUACCUGGAACCACAAGAUCGAUUAAACGCGUCGCAAACAUGCCGUCUCUGGCGUGGGGUGCUUUUCCAAAAGAGAUUUUUUAACAAUUUUAAGUUCACAUUACAAAUAAACAAUGAACGACAAUACACGUUUUUUCGGCAAACCCUUUGUAAUUUGGCAACUGAAGUUACCAUUAAUUUUGACUUUAUGAACGUUUUCCAUAUCGAGAAAGUAAGAAAAAUCCUAUACAGGAUCGCACGUUGUAAUAAUCUGCGAGGUUUACAUUUCUCCACAAGUAAUAUGGGCAUAAUCGCCCCUGGGAUUAAAAAUAAGGAAAAACUUAUCGAUAUUGAACAAUGUUUCAUAGAGCCUCUGAAAAUGUUUUUAAAUCGUAAAAAUUAUCCAUGUAAAAUAUUGGACUUAGGUGCGAUUGAAGCUUUAACCUACUAUGGCUUUGAAAUACUAAAAUCCUUAGGCAAACCUGACGCAUUGCUCCAGUUAACUCUGGCUUCAAUUAAGUUCGACUCCUGUAAUUAUGCCAUACCUACCAUAGAGCCUUCGUUGUUACAAAAAUGCUCUUCACUGCAGGCUUUAUCGCUUGAUUACGAUUGUUUAAACGAGAAUCUAUUGCAUGCCAUGGAAAUACUACCAUUGAAAAAGCUUUUAAUCUGUGUUCACAAUGUAAACCGUCAACAUCCUGGUAUAUCCAAUAAAUCUUGGGCUCGAUUUGGAGCUACUUUUCCCAAUAUCGAUUUAAUUGUGUCAUUAGUAUACGCAUUUGAAGCGGUUGAAGUGCUGCAAGUACGCAUACUGCGACGUAGUAUGCCUAUAACACAUUUGCGCGUGCUAUUUUGUGACAUUAUGAACGCAGAGGCCUUAGAUUGGAUGUCUAUCAAUAAUAGCAGCACGCUGAAGAGUAUACAGUGGAUAGAUUCAGCAUACAAACAUUCCAAUAAAAAUGUGAUGGACUUGUUUAUACGAUCCGGUCAAGAUCCCUUCGUUAUGAUGGCUUGGCGUUGCAAAAAUUUGGAGGAAAUCGUAAUACAUGGCUAUGUAAUAGAUCCUCAUAAUAUCGUUGGUAUGUCACGUCUGCGCGGCAAAUCCCUUAAGCGCCUAGAAAUAUCAAUGAUUGACCAAACUCCAACAGAAGCAAGCAUGGACUCGUUCAUAGAUGAAAUCAAUACAUUGCUUGGCCACAAAUGGGAACCCAUACCCCCAAAUAAAUUACAUCCAGCACUCGGUUAUAUGCCAGUGACAGAUGAUGUACGUGAUAAAUACGUCUUCGAUCUCAUGCGCAGUGAUAUGGGCUAUUAAGAUUAAUUGAACAACUUAAGCGAAUUUAGGUUAACUAUAGAUUUAUAACGAACAGAGAAAGUAUGUAAAGUAAUAAUACAUAUUCAUUAAAAACAACAUAUAUGAGCGCAAAAACGACGUGCAAAGCGAAAAUACAUUAGCAAUGUAGCUCCACAGAGACAAAAACCACAACCAAAGUAAAAGUAAAAGUUGAAAUAUAAAAGCAUUGCAGUGAUACUUUUUUCAAUAACUUUAAAUCACAUUUAGUAUGUUAAUGGUAAAUCCAAACAACUAUCAUUUGGAAAACCGUAUUGAAAAGCAAGAUUUAGUAUAAAAAAUAACAAAAAACGAAAAAUGUGGAAGCAUCAAAACUCAAUUACCUACAUAUUCAUUACUAUAUAAAUAUAUAUCUUUAGGCGAUUAUAGUUUAAGAAAAAACAAUAACAACCACUCUUAUACUAGAAGAGGGACAAAUUAAUUUGUAAUUAAAUAUAUGACAUUGACAUUGACUCAAGUGAAACACAAACCUAACAAGAAAAAGAUCCUUAUAAAAUCACAAAUCGCUCCAGGAGAAAACAAUUUAUUGGCAAUGGAAACCAUAAAGAAAACAUCGACCAAUAACGGUGUCGGAAUGCCACAACAUCUAAUAAGAGCCAUGGAAGUCUAACUACAAGCCGGACUUAUCCUCAGAUGUUAUUACUCCAUAUUAUUCAAAGCAUUCUAAUUGUUUAUUUAUAGUACGAAUAUUACACCGGAAUAUUGUAACAACAAAAACAAGAACGUAUUGUAGAUUUCACUAAAGCAGCGAAAGUAAUUAUUUCAUAAUUUUUAUAUAGACCUACAUAUACACACAUAAACUAAUAAGUAUUGUGUUAUAUAUGAAAAGCUCACAUAUAUUCCAUAUUAUUUUAUUUCUUUGUUUUAUAAAAAAAUAACUAUAAAGAAAAUAAUUUUACUUGACUUGUAAGUUUCUAUAAUUGGGUCACUAAAUAACAGAAAAGAAUAACAGUUGCACAUAACUUAAAAUUUACGUUAAUUUAUUGCCAAUAACGGAAUUAUUUAAUACUUAUAUUUAUGUUCAUCCUCACAAUUUAGGGCUUAUUAGCUGCAGGAAUAAUUACAAUUACAUUCGAAAAUUUUGAUUUCAAAACUAAAAAAAAAUAUAAAGCUGUGCUAGUUAAAUUUAGUUAUUUCGAAAAUGUAAACAUGAAAAGCAUGGAAUGUAAAUAUAUAAAUAACAUCGAAUAUAUAAAAAGAAAUCAAAAAAGUAGCAACAUAUUAGGCAAAGGUGCCGAUUUACAACUCCCAAAAGCACCCGUAGAAAAAUAAAAAUUGUAAUAUGUAUUUAUAUUUUUGUGAAUCUUUAUAUAAUUAAUGUAAAUGCAUAAUAUUUCUUAACCGCAUUUUUGUUCACAAUACACAUACUACUGUUACAAUUAUUAUAGACAUAAUUUAAUAGAACACUGCACUGUAAACAACAAAAAAAAGCAUGUGCAUUUGAUAACAACUAAACGCAUUCAAAAGUAUAUUUUACACAUGAAAAAUUUGUUUGAAAUUAAACGCUUAUUUGUAUGUAAUUUGUUCAGCGACAAAUUGUUUUAAGAAAACUGUAUAUUUAUGUAACUGUGUGUAACCAUUCUACAAGUGUAAACGAGAUUCAAAAGACUUAAGACCAUUAUGAAUGUUAUGAUCAAGAACAAGCGAACGUUAAUUUAAAGUUAAUAUGACGAAAUUCAUGGAAUUCGAAUUGAAGUGAAUGGAAAUCUCUAAGAAAAACAAACUGAACAAAUAUUGAAAAACAACAACAUUAAUAUUUUGUUUAAUGUGAAACAAAGCUGUGAUUUUAUGCAAGCCAGCAUACGUUAAGAAUGCAACAACAAAAAAACGACAAACAACAACAACAAAUCCAUUGUAAGAUGAACAAAUAUUAUAAUUAAAAUGUUUAGAUUAGUUAAGUAAACAUUUGUUGACAGCAAUUAAUAAACAAAUAUCGAUAUGUAUGUGCGUACAGAGGGCAGAGAGCUAAAUUUUACAACAACAUGUGUUAUACAAUUUUAAAGCCUAAUAGAACAAAAGUCUCAUACCGUAAACAGAAUACACUUUUACAAAUAAAGAAUGAAAUGGUUGGUCAUGAGUAAUGUUCGAAUAAUCCAAAACAUAUCUUUAGAAAGGAAAACAUUUACUUAUAACAGUCAACUUUAAGCUCAGCACUGACAUAUGUAUGUAUGUAUAUGCAUGUGUUUCGAACAACUUUUAAGUACAUAUAGUGUGCCUGAUAAAUUUUCAAAUUAUAUUUAUUUGACUUAUAUGUUAAUUUUAUAGCAUUCCAAAUCUUUUUAUAAGCCUGAGAGCAUUUUACAAAAACUAUAUACGUAUACAUUUUUAUAUUAGCCAGAAUUAGAAAAAAAAUCCUUGAAUACAACAAUUUUGGAUGAUUAAAAAUACGUGCUGUUCGGAUUAUAUAGGCCGAUCUUGUCAUCACCAAAUUAUAAUUUUUUUUUGAUUAUAAAAAUAUCUUUAAAGGGCACAACAAAGAACAUAUGUCUUUUUUAUAUGUAACUUACAAAUGCCACCUUUACCUGUGUACUGUUAUUUACCAUUUACAAAAUAAGAUCAUCUAAAUUAGUAUUAUUACAAUUAUAAUUUAUUUUAAUUGAAGCUCUCUGCUCAAUCAAGCAGAAAAUAUGUUAGUUACCUUUACAUAAUAAGCUCAAAUGUCAACAAUGCUCAAAAGAUGCUGGUAAAGUGUGCAUAUUUGUUUGAAAGUAGACCACAUAAAGUGUUAGAAGUGUAUAUAAAACCAAAUUUAACAGCAUGAACCUGUUUUUAGGAACCUUACGCGGUACAAACUUAGAAAAAAUUCCAACUACUCAGUACCAAAAUGCACGAAUAAAAUAAAAACACACACACAAAAGCAGAGUAUGCAUUAUGAAAAGCGAAAAACAAAACAUAACCAACAACCAACAAAUUGUGAUGCAAAGUAUAAUUAUGAAUAUAUCAACCAAGUAAUUUAGCGAGGAGAGAAUUGAAAGACAAACAACAAAUUUAUUAACAGCUUCUGUAUGUCAAUAAAAUAAGAACAAAUGCAGCCAGGGCAAAUGGUAAAUAUUAUAUGUAUAUUAUAGUACGUACACAACACAAUUGUACCAAUGUACUCGUAUAUGUAUGUAUGGGCAAACAAAUGUACAUACAUAUGUAUUAUGCAAUUUAAUUGAUAUGUGAUAUGCGUCCGCCAUAACAACAAUAAGUUAGCGGCAAGCAACAACCUACUACAAAAACAAGCAAACGCAACAUCUAAACAAAGAGUGUUUUAAGUGAUAUUAACUAUUUAAUAAAAAAACAACGUGAAGAACAACAACAAUUAUAGUAAUAGCAUUGUAAAUUGUAAAAUGGCAAAAGAGCUUUUAAUAUAGCUUUUAAAGAAGAACAGAAUUAAAAACAAACAGAAAGGCAGUAUGUAAAGUUUGCCAAAUCAAUAAAUAAACAACAUUGUGCUAUAGAAAGUGUUAAGAGAAGCAGCAAUCAAUAAAUCAAUGUGAUCCUUAAUGAUUAUAACUUGAAAUCAAACUGCUUAAGACAUAAGAAAAGAGCAUUUCAUUUACUAGUGUUCCACAAACAAAAACUGAAACUGAGCAGCCAAAAAGAUUUGUGAAUCUGUAUUCUUAUUUUAUUUUUUUUUUUUGAAGCAUUAACCCGUGACGCCCUAAAAAUAAAUAAAUUUCUUUAACAGUUUUUUGUGCCAUAGCAACUUGUUAAAACUUACGGGAUUAUCUUUACAAAAUAAUUGAAGAUGAUAUCCUUGUACAUAGUGAUUGCGUAAGAUUUCGUUCCAUUUCCAGAAGUCAGUAUUACAUUUUAAAUGAUUCAAUAAUAUAUAUAAGGUUGUACCGUUAGCACAGAAACAACAAUUUGACAUCUGGCUAACACUCAUAAUGUCGAAAUUAAAUAUUCCAUCCAUUCGCGUUGAAUACCAAUAUAUUAAAACAGAUUCCAAAAUCAUCAAAAUGUAAACAAAAAAGACUAGAGAAUAAAAUAAAAAGAUAUUUUGACAGUAAAGAUUAAAAAGAAAGAAGAAACACUUUUCUAGCAAUACCUCUUUAUAUGAUUGACUCAUGACAUUCAACAAAUAAAUCGGUUGAUAGCUAUAUACCAUUCUUCAGUUGUUGGAGGAAGAGAUACGUAAAAAUUUUCUAAAAAAUUAAUAAAAAUUAAAAAGAUUAUAGAUUCACAAUAUUUUUGGUUUUUAAAGUUGAGCGAGCUGCACAAAUAUUUUGUGAAACUUUUAUAUAUACAUAUGUUUUCAAUAUUUUGGUCAACGUUUGAUUUCAAUGUUUAGGUUAAAAUUUUUGGUAUUAUUAGAAAACUGUUCAAUACUAUAUAAAUGUGUACUAAAACGAUAUCUUUCAAUAGAAAAAUAAUGAAUAUUUACAAAAAAAGUUUCUUGAAAAAGGUUAUAAUUUUUUUAUUUAGUGUUGAUGUUUUGUCAUCCUUUAAUUAAUGAAUUAUUUUAUAAUAUGAAUUAAACAAUUUGAUAUGAUUUUAUAUUAAAAAAAAAUAUUAAAUAAAUUUCUAAAUUAAUAUAUGUACGUUCGGAAUUUUAUUACCUUUUUAAUUUUUUUUAGUCCUUCUUUUUUUGUCGAUAUGAGAAGUUUAGGUUCAGUUAACGCUAUCUUGUUGACCUGGUUAAUACAUAUUUGAUAAUAUGUCCAGAAUUUUGUAUUGAAACAAAGGCGAAGCUGUUUUGUGGGCGAAGCCAUAGAAUCCUACAAUUGGAAUUUCAGUUCUAAUUCAAAAGCGGCAAAAAGACAUUAUAUAAAAAAAAGUUGUGUAAAAUAUAUGUAAUUAAAAAGCCGUUACGAUAGCUGUAAAGUAAAAGAAAAAAAAACAUUUUUUUUUAAAUAAUCCAUAUUUCAUUCUUAUUUGAAAUCAUACUCCAGUGAGAGGAGGUUAUAGACUUUUGGCUAUAGUCGUGCAGCUGGAUUAUUGUAAGGAAAACCAAAUUAUUUUUUCUUUUCAUGAUUUUAGAUUUCUGUUGAAAGAUAUCGUUUAAAUACAUCAUUUCAAUGGAGAGCUAUGUACUUCUGAAAUUGAAUGUGAAUAUUAGUAGCGAAGGUCGUUAAGACAUACAACAUACGCUUAUAAGAAAAUCAAUUUAAGCAAAUAAAAAUAUUAACAACAAAUAUUAACGACACCGAUAUACUAUGUAUGUAUAUACACAAACACUUACAUCCUUAUAUAUACAUAUAUAUAUAUAUAUACUUAAUGUAGGUACAUAUAAAAUUGUUAUAACAACAACAUGAAUGAUAAGAAAUGAUAAAAUCAUUAAGUGGAGCUGUGAUAAUCAAAUUAAACGGAGAAAUGAUAAACAACAUCCGAAAAAUUAAGAUUUGAAAUAAAAAUAAGCUAAAGACCCCAGAAAAAAACUGAAUUAUACGAGAGCAUUAGCGUGAUUAGCGUAUGGAAUAUGUGAACGUUACAAAUUUUCAGCUCGAAUUACCAUACACCUUAACUGUUAAUCGCAAUUACAUACAUAUGUAUAUAAAAUGGCGAUAGUUGAGUAUUAGAGAAAGAAAUAAUCACAUUACGUGCAAUUUAAAAAGAGAAAAUGAAAACAAAAUCACAAUAAAUCGUUAUUUAUUAUUUAUAACUAUUAUUGUAUAAGAAACAAGAAUUGUCAAAAAUUGUAGAGAUAAAGUAAACAAAAUUUAGUCAAAUGGAAAUGUUAAGCAAAUAUUUGCCUACUAGCGGCCGUAAAUAUUCGUUUCGAUAUGCGUGGAAAGCGAAUAUGUGGCAAACCCAUAUGCCUCCGAGUACUUUUGUUUGUAUUAGUCCAUUAAAGGAGGCUUUUUGUCCCACAUUCAAACGCACCUAUCUUAUUUAUGUUUUUCACCUUUACGGAUUGCCAAAAUUUUGCAUUAUAUCAUACAAACUUUAAACGAAAUCACCAACAAAUAUAAUAUCUAUAAAAUAUUUAAAUAAUUUGUUAUCAUUACGAAAAUAAAUAUUUUUGAAAAACUAAUUUUCACAGAAAUUUGGAGAAGUUAAUGUGAAAAUCGGGGUAAAGGAUUUAAGAUACUGCUAACUCUAGCUUUACGGUCGCUAUUGCUUAGGAUUAAACGACACCGCCAUUUUUAUAAUAAUUUGCUGUAAUAUUUUACGAUUAUCUGAAAAUCGUAAUAACCUAAAAACACCUACUGAAAAAUUUUAAAUUUUAAUUUUUAAUAAUUAUUUUAAUAUUCGAUUUCUCUAAUUGCGUUCAGAGCAGCUUAUUCCAAGAUCGACCUGUGUUCUGUGCAUUGCCCAUAUGAAUUUAAAUAAAAUGUAAUAUGCGAUAAUAAUUAUAAAGUGUUUCCUUUUACUAUGUAAUUUUAUGUAAAUAAAAAUUUUGUUUUAUUUCCAUUUAAAAAACCUCGUUUUCGUAAAUUUAGAAAUGCAUAAAACCAAUUAUAAUACUUUAUAGUCAUUGAUCGGAGCUGGAGUUAACUCAGUAAGUAUUUAGUGCAAUAAACAAUAAAUGUAUAAUUCGGAAAGUUUGACUAAACGACUCAUCUCGAGUCAGUAUUUUUAUUCUCUCAAACCAUAACUGGAAUUAUUCCUAAACGAAUUUCAAAUGAACUAUUAUCAUCUUGCCAAAUCGGUUGUUUUGUCAAAAGUGCCCUUACGCAAAUGAAAUAUUAAUAAUGGUGGGAAUAAUUAAACAUUUGUUUGCUUACUUCCUACUAAAUAUUUUUUUAUAUGGAAAAUAAGCUAAGUAAAGUUUAACCGAAAAAAAAUUUAUGAAAGAUAUAUAAAUUUAUAAAUUUUGUACAUAUGUAUGUACAUAAGCGUGAAUCUAUUGGUUGGAUAUGACUAAGCACUUAAUUGAGAAAGGAGUUUAGUUUUGGGAUCUAAUUAGCGUAACCGUAUUUCGGUAUAAUUUCACCGUGGUUACUCGCAUCGAAACCGUAACAAUGACCUUUCAUUGGUUACCUCACCCUCCAUAAUCGAUCUGAUAACAAGAAAGUCAGUAGAAAACGUGCGUAUUGAUUAAGAGCAAGGAAAAGGCCUCUUUUGGCUAUAGGUAUGCUUGCUCACACGUUAUUUGUUUUUUACUUGCUUUUACUCUCAUCGAUAAAUGACAGUUACUCAUACGCACCCUGCACUCGCGGUGACAGCUUAAAUUAACGCCAAUGUUUACAUUACCGCCAAGCGAAAAGAGUCUUUUAACAAAAAUACAUUGGAUAGCACAUAAGUGAACACAUAGAUAUUCGCAUAAACAGUUUAUUAUUCGUCACUCAUGCUCAAUUCUGCAGCAUUUGUUGUAAAGAGAAAAGUUCUUCAUUGAACUCAUUUUGUUUGGGUUAUGUCAUCCGAAAUGUGAACGAAUUCACGUACAAAUGCUGCACAUUCUUCCUGAGUACGAUAUACGG